AUCUUUAAAAAGAGAGCGAACAUUAAUUUUCCUUCAGAAAUAGUGGAUGAGGCGGAAAGAGAAAGGCAGAAAAAAAAGAAAGAUAAGGCGUUAUAUCACUAUUUAAUUGUAGAAUUGCUUUGUUUACACGUCGCUUUUUAGCUUUUGUUUUAGAGACUCCAUAAUAUUAAGUUUGCACUAAAUCGUGUUCUAUUACAUAGGCAAAAGUUGAUAGUCUUGUUUUAUUUUUGCACAAAUAUUCCGCAACAAAACAUAAUGGCUGCUAUCAGGAAGAAGCUGGUGGUGGUCGGAGAUGGUGCUUGCGGUAAAACCUGCUUGCUUAUCGUCUUCAGCAAAGACGAGUUCCCCGAGGUGUAUGUGCCGACAGUCUUUGAGAACUAUGUCGCCGAUAUUGAGGUGGACGUCAAACAAGUUGAGCUGGCUCUUUGGGAUACCGCUGGGCAGGAAGACUACGACCGCCUCCGCCCUCUCUCCUACCCGGACACCGAUGUCAUCCUGAUGUGCUUCUCCGUGGACAGUCCCGAUUCGCUGGAAAACAUCCCGGAGAAGUGGGUCCCCGAAGUGAAGCACUUCUGCCCAAACGUGCCCAUCAUUUUAGUCGCUAACAAAAAGGAUUUGAGGAACGACGAAAGCGUCCGCAACGAACUGGCCAGGAUGAAGCAAGAGCCGGUGAAAACUGAGGACGGCCGGGCCAUGGCAGUUCGGAUCGGAGCCUACGAUUACUUGGAGUGCUCGGCCAAAACCAAAGAUGGAGUGCGGGAGGUUUUUGAGACUGCCACAAGAGCUGCACUCCAGAAGAGAUCCAGGCCGUCGGGUGGUUGUGGGAACUGCUGCAAACUGUUGUGAUUUAUAACAAAAUUCUACUACUACUGACCGAACCGAAACGCUUACUUAUAAGCAAAUAUCGCGAGAAGACAUCCUCUCCGGCAAUCGGUGACAAGAUUCAAACUCACAAAAAAAUUGAUUUGUGUGUGUGUGUGUUUUCUUUCUUGGGAGAGGCGACUGUGCCAUGCCCUCUCUUUAGAAAUCUCACAUGACAUAAAUAAGACUAUUUGCUGAUUGACCGGGUGGAUUCGGGAUUCAGAGCUAUGGUCAAAAUCUAGGUAUGAAGUCUGUAAUUCGGGAAUAUGAAACGUUUUGCUGCUGUGUUAAGAGAGUACACUAUAUCAUCCGGCCACCCCGGGGAAGCAGAUUGGAUUGAGAAGCCACCUAGAAAAUGGACAAAAUUUAAGUUCCUGAUUUGAAGAGGAGGGGGAGGUGAUAUCAGUUCAGAUGUGAUUAGACCAGCUAGAUGGACUGCUUCAUAAAAGUCUUUUAAACCAGGGGCAUGCAGCGAGCCAAGAUAAAACGAACAAAAAAGUACUAUCUUGCUUUCACAAAGCGUUGUCAUCACAGAUAAGGUUCCUGCUUUUCAAUCAAGAGUGACUGCUGAUGCUGUAUUUUAUAGCGGAUGUAUUGAAAACAAAAUGUCAGGCUUGUUUAGAAUUUUUUUUCUUCUUUCUGAUUGGUUGCACAAUUAGGUUUUAUGCCACACUGAUGCACUUACAUCAUCAUCAUAAAACACUGAAGCAUUCUCAACUUUAUUUAUUUUUUUUUAUCAUCACAUCAAUGUAUCCAGCUCCAUUUUGAUAAGUUAGGUAUUGUGAAUGGAAAAGCCAUUUGCCUUGAAACAGAAUUAGGUGGAACUUGUAACACAGAUAGUAAAUUUAUUAUAAUGACAGCUUUCGGCAAAUUUUGUUAUUU